CGGUCGCUGAUCAGAGGGUGCGGUUCUGUCAGUCUUGGCCCGCCUGACGCGCCGCCGACACCUCCCGGAGCUGUGUGUACUGUUCGGGCGCCCGCCGCUCAGGGCAGUCAGGUCCUACAGGUCGCUGCAGCUGUGGGAUCUAGAUCCCAGGUCCGGCACACCCCGUCCUCCCCCACCUGCUCGCGAAGGAUGCAGCCGCUGCUGGACACGCCGCGGGCCUUCGCGGUCGCGGUGCUGCUGGCGCUGCUCGUGGUGACGAGCAUGGCGACGAGCACGACGACGAGCAAGCCGACGAGCACGCCACCGCCACCAACAACCUCGACGCCCGCGCCCGUCUCAGCCUGGCAGGAGUACCUGCGCUGCGCGGACGAACGACACUGCGUAGACCACAGAGCAACGUGCGACUGCGGCUACUUGGACUUCAGGUGCUGGGAGAUGUGCAAGCGCAGGUGCAGCUGCGGCUGCCUGGGCGUCCCGGAGACCAUCCUGGACCACGACGUCUGGGACGACUGCGCGGAGGAGUGCCGACCAUAUGACGGCAAGGCGUAUAUGUGUAUAGCCAGGUGCACUAACCAGGACUGCAGGAACCUGUGCCGCGCGCGCUGCCGCUGCGAGUGCAUCGGCAGCCGGGACCGAAACAAGACCGAAAGCAACGCCUUGUGACCGGGCUGCACCGCGGGGAGCGGGACAAGUUGCCCGAGCACGCACGUCGCCACUCAUUGCAGUUGCAUUUUAAUCAAACGUGUAAUCCAACGGAAAAGAUAAUAAAGGUCUGAACAAAGUUGCA